AUGGUAUUGAAAAAUGAGUAUUUAACUUAAAAUAUAGAGGGAGUGGUCUAAAUUUAAUAUUUCUCAGCAAGCAAGGAUGAUGAGCAAGCGACUGAUUCAGAAAUUGAUAAAGCAAGCGUUAUCAUUUUAGUUUAUGAUGUAAAUAACCUCGAAUGCAUGAAGAGACUCAGAAGUUAUUGGAUGCCAAGAAUAAUCAAGAUAAAUGAUAAAAUACCAAUUAUUUUUGUCGGAAAUAAAAUGGAUUUGAGAUCGUCGCAUGUUGAUAAUAAUGAUCUAGAAUCAACUCUCUCACCUUACUUUAUGGAAUUCAAGCAGGUAGAAAUGGGUUUAGAGUGCUCUGCUAAGGGCUACAUGAAUCUUAUUGAUGUUAUUUAUUGUGCAUAAAGGGCAGUAUAGUUCCCUAUUUCACCUCUAUUCGACUCAAUUUCAAAGUAACUCAAACCUGAAUUUGAGAAAGCGCUACUCAGAAUAUUCAGAAUAUGUGAUGCUGAUUAAGAUGGAUUCCUAAAUGAUAAUGAGCUGCAAGAGUUUUAGAACUAAGUUUUUAAAGCUGAACUCUAGAAAAAACACAUUACAGCUCUUAAAGAGGUCUUAAUCCUUGAAUGCGAAGACUAUGAUGAAACAUCAUCUCUGAAAGGCGUCAAUAUUGAAGCAUUCAAAGCUCUUUAAAAGGUAUUAAUCUAAAAAUUGAAAUAACAAACUUGUUGGUCAAUAUUAAGGCACUUUGGAUAUGAUGAUAAAUUGUUAAUUAAGUAGAAUCUGUGGGAUGAUGGGUCUGUGAAGGAUGAAGACCUUGAUAAUUGUAAAAGUGUUGAACUGUCGAAAAGUUCUUGGUAGUAUCUCCAUAAGAUUUUUGAAUGCUUUAAAGUACCCUUAACUAGCAAGCUAGAUGAAGGAGCGCUUGAAAAAAUAUUUGCCACAACAGAAAAUGGUAUCCCUUGGAAGGUUAAGUAUGUUACAAACUACGAAAACGGAAUAAGUCUAGAUUAAUGGAUUGCAAUGUGGCAAAAAUUCUUCAGUCAAAGUCCCAAAACAGCUUUCAAAAAUCUAGUUUACCUUGGAUUUUAGGAAAGAUUUAGAGAUGCUGUUUAAAUUUAUAAAUAUAAGGAGAGCGAUUUACUCAAACCAUAAAAUAAGAGAAAAGUAUUCAACUGCUAUGUUCUGGGAACACAAUACUGGCCUUAAAUGCUGGAUCAUAUGAUCUAAUCGCAAGUUGAGUAAUAAGAAAAGGAUGCACCUGAAAGAUCAAUUGUGAAAGUAAUUACAGAUCAAAACAAUUUAAAAAGAAAUCUAAUUGUAAAAACUGAUAAGGACGCCAGAGUGCAAGAUUAGCAAUCUAAUGUGUAAUCUUUUGUAAAAAAGCUUGGUGUUGAAAUACUAUAAGAUUUUACAGUGCAAAAAGAGGCUGAUUAAAGAAGAAUUAAAGAGUUAGAAGAACUUUUACUUUCGGUAGUUAUUGAACCAAGCAGAGGAAUCAGCACUUAGGGUCAAGAGAUGAUAAGAAAAGCCAAGGGCUCUGACGAUUCUUGGCUCACUAUUAAUUCAGCUACUGGUGUCGCGAGUGCUUUAGUAUUUAUAAUAGGUGCUGGGAUAGCUGGUUUGUAUUAUACAGGCAAAAUUAGCUUCUCCUUUGCUUCUAAAAGUUCAAAAUGA